GGAACUCCAUGAUCAGAUACUACAAGAACAACUUCUCAGACGGCUUCAGACAGGACUCUAUUGAUCUGUUCCUGGGUAACUAUUCCAUUGAUGAGGCAGACAUGACCACACCCCUUCAUGAGACCAAAGACUGGAAGUUCCUCACGUUGCCCAUUAUCAUGGUUGUGGCAUUCUCCAUGUGUAUCAUCUGCCUCCUCAUGGCUGGUGACACGUGGACGGAGACCCUGGCGUAUGUGCUGUUCUGGGGCACAGCUAGCUUCGUGACGGCCGGCGUCAUCCUCUUCAACGGUCGGGAGUUUGUAGACGCGCCCAAGCUGGUCCAGAAGGAGAAGAUGGACUGAAUGUGUGCGUGUGGAAAGCAGCUACGCCCCACAGACUUCUCCUCUUCAUCCCACUCUUCUUCAUCAUCGUACCCUCGGGAUCAGCGGGCCUGGAGCCUUUACUGAUUACUGAGCCAACGGCGUGAGGAAGAGGAGGGUGAGGGUGGGGUGAGAGAAAGGCCAGGUGUAUGAUGUAGGGCUGUGAAGCAUACAGGGACUCGCUCUGCACUGGCCUGCUGCUGUCCACACCACUAAGCACAUUGUUUGGGCUGGGGCUGGGGAAUAUCCCUAACCUUGUCCAUAGACUGACUGUAUAGGCUGAAAACUGUUUGAUUUUAUGAUACAAUACCCCACUACGGUAACACAGUUACCCCGCUGCACGGAAUGCAUAUGAACGGGCACUGCUGUUGUUGCCAUAGCAACAUUGCCAAGGGAACUACUUUAAAAAAAUAUCUUGCUUUUUUGUUGAUUUGUCACCUAGCUACAUCAUGUCAUAUUUGCUCUGUUGGUUGCCAUAUUGUUUCAGUGUCAUUGCCCCUCGGUGGUCGAUCUGAGCGUAGUGUCUUAGUGUGAUAGCUGACCUAUUGGGUGCCAGUGGCUGUCUGUCGGCCCAGCCCAAGCCAUGAUCCCAAAACUAGGUCACCAAUAGUCAUGGAAAGAAUGUGCUAGCUGGUCAAUGGAUGGUGAGGGAAUGUUCUAUUUGGUCAAUAGGCAGGAAGAGAACGUGCUAGCUGGCCAGUGGUUGUUAAGAGAAUGUUCUAGCUAGCCAAUAGUUGGGGAGAGAAUGGACUGAACUGUUUCAAUAGGGAACUUUGGUUAUGGUGUCCCAUCACCAUUAAUGCCAUAACUGCCCAUACUAUUCUCGCUCACUGCACUUCUGAGUGCACAGAAACUAAGCGUUUCACAUGAGGAUUGCUCUGAGAUGUGACGAGAGGGAUGUUUGUCUGUGUGGUAUGUCUGGCUGUCUAGUCUUCCCAGGUAUGGAAAGCUUCAUGAAACAGCUGGAAAGACAAAUCCUCAUUAGUUUCUAACAACCAAAAGGUGUGAGAGAGCAUCAAACUAUAUACUAUAGUGAGUAGGAUCUGUCUUUGACCAGUAGACUGUGAGGCCCAGACCUAGGCUAAUAAUGAAGCAUGGAUCUAAUGGUCCAAAGCAGCCAUUUCUAUCUCAAUAUCAAGUCAUUUCUGGGUAACAAUUAAGUAACUUACUGUUAUUGUUUUCAAUUAAAAUGGUUGUCUAGGA